AUGUCCAAUGCACCAAAUACUGCCGGCAAUGAGAGAUUCAAUGCCGAAGCAGCAAACUGGGACAAUAACCCCUCCGUCCAAGAGGCGACUCGCCUCGCAUACGAGACACUCCGACCGCUCAUUGAGAAUCUGUCGGGGGAGAAACAAGCCGCGACAGGAACCGGCGUAGAUGUUCUCGAGGUCGGCUGUGGAACAGGCCUGUUGAGUGUGCGGGUAGCACCGCUGGUCCGCGAGAUUGUCGCCGUUGACACUGCAGAGGGCAUGAUCGAGAUGCUGAGGAUGAAGACGACCCAGCCUGGCUCUCCACAAAAUAUUGUGCCUGUUUGCAAGUUGCUAGAAGACCCCGAGGAUCCUGUUCUUCCUCCCAGUGAUGAGGAGCAGCCUGCCGCAGGUCGGAGAAAGUUCGAUCUGGCAUUGUCGCAUCUGGUGCUGCAUCAUAUUCCCGAUCUGCGACCUUUUCUCCACAUGCUCCUGGGUUGUCUUAAGCCCGGUGGAAGAAUAGCUCUGACGGAUUUUGAGGACUUUGGUCCCGAGGCGAUCAAGUUUCACCCCCAGUCGAAGUUAAAGGGUGUGGAGCGGCACGGCAUCCCGCGUCAGUGGAUUGAAGACCUGUUGAAGGAGGUUGGCUUCGAGCAAGUCAAGGUAUGGGUCGGAUGGACGCUGGAUAAGGAUGUUGAGGGAUGGGAGGACGACGAUGGAAGCCAUGCUGGUGGCAAGAAGACAAUGCAGUUUCCCUUUCUUGUGUGCGAAGGAGUGCGUCCAUGA